AUGGCUGCACACACUCCUCUGCCCCCCAACCUCCGCUGGGGCCUGGUGGCGUUCAGCAGCUCUCUCUUCGUCAACAACAAGACGCGGGACAGUGGCGCUGCCCACAUCUACCACCCCGCUCGUGAGGUGCUGGCCAGCCUGCCCCUGCAGAUGAUGCUCUACUUCAACGCCUACUACUUCCCACUCUGGUGCCUGGCCGAGGGGACGAUGCUGCAGCUGAAGUAUCACCUGCUGCCUCCACAUUAUCAGUUCCUGCUGGUCACUGCCUUCCUCAUCCUCUCCCUGGCUGAGGGCUCCCGCCUCUACCUGGGCUAUGUGGGGAACCUGCAGGAGAAGGUGCCUGAACUGGCUGGGUUCCUGCUCCUCUCCUUCCUCAUCCCGCUCCCGCCCCUAAACGCCCGCCCCCCCCCCCUGCCACUGGAGAUGUCCAUGCACAGCUUUUUCCUGGCCUUCCUCAUUGCUGAGAUUGUGGCCUCCUUCCUCACACUGAAGACCAUGACCAAGCAGCUGGCAGCACAGUUCUACCUACAUCAGUUCAAGGAGGGUGGCAGGGGACAUGAGGGCACAGGGGAAAAAGCAGCCGAGGAGUGGUGA